CCAUAGAGAAUUUCUUUCAGUCCUGAUUAUUCAGGUAUUUUACUUCAGAUGAUUCAGUCCAUACGGAAACAAAAAUAGAUUGGUAAAGGCCCUCACAGGUCGUACACCUCUCAUAAACGCGAUGGUCUAUGGUCUAUGGUUAUCGUGUUUAUAUUUACGUAUGGGUUUUACGCGCGUGCUAUCGCUGUCUAUGAUUUGUUUUUGUUGUUUAACAUUAUGACUACAGAAGUGUUGCAGAAAAUUUCAGCUCAGGAUCGAGAAAAAUUGGAAAAAUAUCUCAAAGCUUUCAUCUCAAAAGUUCCUCAGGCAAUUGUGCAGUCCCGCUGUGGAGAGAAAUAUAAACAUUGCAUGAGAAAGUCACGUGAUCAUGAUGUUUUUGAAAUAAACAUAGAGGAUGACCCAGAGAUACAGGAAAAGAUUAAAGUAGCAUGCUGCAACAUUAAUCCAUUGAAGGAAUUUUCAUUAUGUAUUGAUAUUCUUCUAAAGACUGCUGAUGGUGAUGUGUUAAUGUUGGAAACAUGGUGUUUACAUAUGAUUUAUUCUCUCCAGUACUGGGAUCCUCGGUAUAAAGUUUAUGCAGAAUCUGAAAUAGUUUUCAGCAAUUUGAUGGUGCUUUUGAAAUCUGUCAUUGCCAUUACACGAGCUGUUCCUGCUUACAAACUUUCUUUACGUCAAAGUUCUGAAACCUAUGUUAUGUUGUAUAGAAUUUAUUCUGGAGAACCUGUGGAGAAUCAGCUUGGUGAAAACCCCAACCUAAACCAAAUUGGUGAAGUGUUUACACCUAUUGGGACUAUAACUGUUAAAGUUACAUAUAGGUCAAAGAGCGAAAUGACAAUCACCCCUCAAAAGUCAGAAAAGGAGAAGUUUUUUGUGGUAAAUAAUGACUACUUCAAUUUUGAUGGGAAUGCGAGAAAAAUGAAUUUAACAAUGAAAACAGCAAAGAGGCAUUUUGAACAAAAUUCUUUUCCAUAUGUUGGGGCCUUUGCUCCAUGUAGUAGUCUGCCUGAUGUCACAUUCCCAGAACUUGCUUCCCUUGAAAAAUCAUUUCUGAACUCAUCUAGGGGUAACCUAAAUAACUCUGAAAGUAAUUCAGAAGCAAAUAGAGAUGUUAAAGAAGACAGUCUAAAUACAUCAAAUGACUCAUGGUGUAUUCCCACUAAUGAAUGGAAUCCAAGUGAAAAAACGUAUGAAAACUUGUCAUGCAGCGAUGUAGACUGCAAUGAUUUUGUUUUGCUGGAUAUGCGUCCAUCCUUCGCUAACUGUGAUGACAAUGACUUGGGUGUGUUUUUCGAAGAAUGUCAGUCUGCUCCUCCUUUAUCAUCCUUUACACAUCAGCCGUCCUUAGAAGAACAAGUAGCAGAAGUGGCCUGUUUUUAUGAGAAAGCUCUUGAGGAUUAUCUCCCAAUACCAUAUUCAUCCCACAAGCCUCCCCCCAAAGAAAGAGACACUGUUUCAAGAACCCUGUGGACAUCGUCUUGGUUGUUAACAUAUUAAUUUGUUAACUUUUUAUGAUUUAUAUUUCUGUCUGAGAGUCAGUUAUGAAAGAGUAAAAAUAAAUUUCUUGGAUGAUAGAUGUAUUGAACAGACUUAGCAAUACAGGGUGCCAUACUGUACCGAAUGCACACUUUAAGUCGAUACAGAAUACUGCCGUAUGGUCAUUUUCUUUGUUGUGUUGUAUUCUUUUUAAAACAGCAUCUAUAGCAUGAGAUUUUGAUUUUAAUGGACGAAAUCCAUUAAAAGCCAUGAUGAAAUCCUUAUCUUUGGUUUUCGUAAUUAAUACUAUUUGUUUCAACAUGAUGGCGAAGGUGACCUACUGUUGCAAUCUCUAUAAAGAGACUGAUAAAGGUCUAAAUGAACUGGAAUCAUCUAUGCAGUGUUUUCAAAAGCAGGUACAUGUAGAAACUCAGCACCUCACUAGUACCGUAGGUGAUUUGAGGUAUUGCUGAACCUAGCUACUACCUCGGAUGGAUUUCCAAGGAAGAGUGGCCAAAGUACCUCCUUUUCUUUUUAUCACACCUGCUAGUUGUACUCAGUAAGUUGGAUUAGGAGAUUCACAAGUCUUGCAUAGCAAAUCUUCGUUAGAUUUUGAGUAACAAAUAUAUCAUUUCAACUUGAUUUAUCCAAGACUUGGUCUAAAGUGCAUAAUUGGUGCAAGUCUUAUAAGAUGGCCAGGUGAGAGUUUGAAAUGAAUCACAUGCUUGUUGUCCGAAAAUCUUAACCAAAGAAGACAGCACUAAUUUGGGCAUAUCGGAAAAUCGCCAUCGAGGAAUUUGUUGCGAAACUUAAAUUGUAGUGGUAAAGAUUGUUUUAAAUUUAGUAAGAUGAAUGCUAGGUGGCUUCUCCUUCGUUUGAUUCCUAAACAUAAAGAAAGAAUAUGAGUAAUAAGCAACACAAGUGGAGAGAAGAUGUGUGAGCAGGAUGUUUUACCUCACUCCUCCAUAUAGUCCAGAUUUAGUGCCAUCAAACUUUUCUCUCUUCUUUUGACUUUAAUAAUUUUUAAGAGGGAGGAAUUUUAAAUGUAAUGAGCUGUGUAAGAAUGGAUCAACAUGGAAUUAAAAGACUUUUAUUUUUUUAAUUAAGAAAGUCCCAGAAUGUUAGAAAAGUGGGUUGCAAUGAAAGGUAACAGCAUCAGAAAAGUGUGUGUAAGUCGUUUCACUGUAUUUAAUUAAUAAAGUUUAGCUUAGCCUGUUUAUAUUUGAAUGUCUCUCGUAUAUCUGGUAAGCUGAUCUUUAUUUAUCAACAGGAAUUUGAUUUUGUUUAUUUAGUAACAGCAAAUUAUCCAUACUAAAACAACAUUCAGUACAUCUGAGUAGCUCAAAUAUUCCAGAAGAUAUUGUGAAUAACUGUAUGUAUCUGAUUGUAAUGCUCCGUAUUUUUGUGUAUUCCAAGAUAUAUUACCUGCUUAUAGGUAAAAAAUAUAACUCUAAUGCUGUAGCAUACAAGAAAUAUACAAACUUAAGAAGUGUAGAUGAUAUCACCUUUAUUUGCUUUCAUUUCUGUCUGCAGUGAAGGGCUAAAGAUGUGAGACGCUAGCAGCUUUCCCAUGGUUCGAUUCUUGGCUGUUCAAUAGACGGACUGUAUAGAAUUUUCCACAUGUAUAAUAUAAAUAUGAGUAAUUCGCUUUUACGGAGUCCACAAUGAAGGCAUUUAUUUCUUUAUCCGUUGAGUGCUUUAACAUAAUUUAUUAAUCAACUCCACUUUUGUAAAAUCAUAUGAUGCCAUACCUGCUAAUGUUAUGCAUAUCAUUCCUCCUAUCUCUUAGGGUAUGUAUAUCCUUAUAGAUCAUUAUAUUUUUUUACAUCCCUUACAGUUUAUGAACACUGUAUAUACUAUUGUAAUACUUUUUUUAGCGCAUUAACUACACCAACCCUUGUUCUUUUCAUAUACCACUAUAAUAAAAAAGUUCUGGAAAUGAUUUAUUUACAGUAUAUGCAAUCACUUGCUACGUUUUUUCUGAAGUUGUUAGGACCUUCAUCAAUAUCUGGCAAAAAGACAAGGAAGACCCAGCAUUGACAGAAAAGGCCCCUAACUAAGGUUUGAGUCAUACUGGGAUGGUAACUUGAAGGAAAGUAUCUGUCCCUGCUAUAUGGAGAGCUGUUUAGUUUUUACUUGCUGUGGCAUCGAUACAUAAUAGUAUUCAAAUAUUUAUAUAACUUAGAAAAUAUAAUACUGCAUACUUAUAACUUAGAAAAUAUAAUACUGCAUACUUAAUAUUGAAUACAAUUUCCACAAACAAUCUAAAAUAUAUAUUAUUUAAGUUACAGCAUAUAACAUAUUAGAGAGUGAACAAGUUGCAAUUUAUUUUUACUAUGUUUUUAGUUUGUAUGGUUUAUAAAGGUAGCAAUGCAGUUUAAUAAUGUAAGUAAUCAUUAGGCUUAUAACUCAGUACUUUAUCUGACAACAGUGCAUAUUUCAUUUCCUUUUAUUGUUUGUGAAUGAAUUCAUUUUUUAUGAAUAAAGAAUUUUUGCUUUGGAGAUUUCCCAAAGUGGCAAUAAAAUUUAGCGAAGAAUGAACAAUAAAUUUCAUUUUUGUAAUAAAAACUGCUAUAGAAUUAUUUGAAAUGUCGUAAGAUGUCUAAUGAUUUUUUGAAACAUUUUAUCAAAAGCAAGCGUGUUUGAGUUUAACUGUUUCGCAUCGAAGUUGUCCCAAACGCUAGACAUCGGCUGAACGCUUGAAUAAUUUCCUACCCAGUGCUUUUCCCCAUUACAUUACUGCAUUACUCAUUGCUUUCAGGUGUUGUUAAAUCACAUGUCAAUCAUUCUUUUGAAGCUACUUAAAGUAGCUUCCUUGUUUCCUUGUUCCUUCUUCCUUUGUUACUGUCAGUGUUGAUGCCCGCAGUUGCAGUCCGUCCCAAGGG